AACCGAAUUGUAGAUCUGUCGAUAAACCAUAUCUCCCUUGCAACAAAACAAAUAAUUACUCAAUUAUCUAUCACUCCCCUUUUCCUCUUUUCCCCCAAUUCGAUUUCCCUGUUCGCCGCUACCACCAAUCGCUCAGCUUCUGCGCGAUUUGAUUGGUUGCGGUCGGUCGUUUCACGGCCUCCGAUUUCGUCUUGGUUGUUGGUUAGUAAAAGUGACUACUUUGAGCUUCGAAUGCGCUUCUUUUGUUGCUGUAUUAAACUAAUAAUUGCUGUUGCUCUUUUUUGGGGUUUUGGAGCUGUGUGAUUGUGAUUCGAUUCGGGUGAAAAAAUGGCGGAAUUUUUCGGUUUUGUAACCGCCGAAUUGAAGUUAUGACUUUGUUUUUCUACUUUUUUCGAGAGUGAGUUUUUUAAGCUUUAAUUUUAGAGGUGAAUUAGGCGGGUUUCAGUUACUGUUGUGUAACAGGAUUGGUGAAAUCCUGGUUUUGUCUAGGCAAUUUCAUUGGAUUUGUAUUGAUACGUUGUCGGUGUGAUUCUUGGUAUCUUCUGUGAAUAAGUUUGUGCUGUAGUAGAAUUGGGGAUUUAAUGGAGGUGUCAUUGAUGACUACCGACGACGUAGUCGAACAAAUAAUGAGACUUCACCGGUCGUUGCCACCGCGGCCGGGGAUUGAUGAAGUCGAGGCUGCGAAAACUCUGAUCCGAAACGUUGAGAGGGAAGAUCAGCUUGGAUUGGAGGCGAUUGCGAAGCAGAGCAAGGGGAAAGAUGUGCCGGAGGAGCUGUUCAAGAUUUUGCAGGAGAUCCAAAGGAGCAUGAUCCAUUUUCAGAGCAAGGAGCAUUGCAGGGAGGCUCUGAAACUCUUGGAUCUCGAGAGUGUUCACUUGGUGUUCGACGAUUUGAUCCAGAGAGCGUCUAGGUGCUUGUCCGGCUCUUCAGAUUCGCAGUAUGCUGACACUGUGAAAGCCUCCUAUAGCUCGUCGAACAGUUUAAGUCCCACGGUGAACACCUCAGCUACCACCACGUCGUCUUCCUCGUCUAGUUUCUAUAACGAGAAGGAGAUCGUGAAGGCCUCGGAGCCCUUGUUUACCAGGGAUGACAUGUAUGUGAAGAAAACAAAGAUGGGGUUCAAUAUGGACGGAUUGGGGGUUGGGAGUCGAGGUGGAGAUUUCUCGGCUGCUCCACAGAUUGUGGAUCCUACUCUUAAGCCGGUGACUGCUUCAGGGCAAGAUGGUGAGAAACUGAGUUUGAUCAAACUGGCGAGUCUCAUUGAAGCGUCUGCGAAGAAAGGGACUCAAAAGCUUGUUCUCCGAGGCAAGUUGUCGGAUCAGAUAAAAUGGCUUCCUGAUUCCAUUAGGAAGCUCUCGAGUUUGAUCACGCUGGAUUUAUCCGAAAAUAGGAUUGCUGAGUUACCAGAGGCUAUAGGGGGACUGUCCUCAUUAGAAGUGUUGGAUUUACAUGCCAACUCUAUAUCUGAAUUGCCAGAAUCUAUCGGAGAUUUGCUUAACUUGCUUAAUCUUGAUCUGAGGGGAAACCAGUUGAGGUCACUGCCUCCUACCAUUGAUAGGUUAGUUCGUCUCCAAGAGCUUGAUUUGAGCUCUAAUGGACUCCCAUCGCUACCAGAAACCAUUGGAUCGCUUGUCAGUCUCAGGGUAUUGAAUGUUGAAACAAACAACAUUGAGGAGAUCCCUCAUACAAUUAGUCGCUGUGCUUCUCUCAAAGAGCUUCACGCAGACUAUAACCGGCUUAAAGCACUCCCUGAAGCAGUAGGCCGGAUUGAAUCUCUGGAGAUUCUCACAGUACGCUACAAUAACAUCCGACAACUGCCUACUACAAUGUCCUCCUUGGCAAACUUGAGAGAGCUCGAUGUUAGUUUCAAUGAGCUCGAAGCCGUACCUGAGAGCUUGUGCUUUGCGACAACCCUUCAGAAGAUGAACAUAAGCAACAAUUUUGCAGACUUGCAAUACCUGCCAAGGUCCAUCGGAAACCUUGAAAUGCUUGAGGAGCUGGAUAUGAGCAAUAACCAGAUAAGGGUCCUCCCCGACUCAUUCAGAAUGCUAACCCGACUUCGUGUCUUGAAGGUUGAUGGAAACCCUCUGACAGUGCCCCCAGGAGACGUAAUCGCAAAAGGACCACAGGCUAUUGUUCAGUACAUGGCUGAGUUUGUUGCCAAGAAGGAAGUCAAGUCACAGCCGGUCAAGCAAAAGAAAUCUUGGGCACAAAUAUGCUUCUUUUCAAGAUCCAACAAACGCAAACGCAAUGGUGUGGAUUAUGCUAAAACCUAAGACGUGUCAGUUCGGACUAUACAGCAUCAAACUUGUUGAAACCGAGGGGAUGAUUGGGGGAAGUUUCUGGAUUUGCCACAUCCACAAAUCUUGACAGGGGUUUGUCUACAGAUGUGGGUGCGAUCCUUCAUUUUAAAUAUUUCAGGUUUUUUUUCAAAUAUUUUUGACAUGUUCUUGUUUAUUGCCUGUAUUUUUCGAAUCAAGAUCCAUGAUGAGCUACAAAAUUUGAGUACAACCGGCUAGGACAAAGGGAAAUGUAUUUAUCAACGUUGAUGUGUAAAAUUGUUGUAACAUUGUUUGACUCUGUGAUAGAUCAUGAAAUCAUUUGUCAAUUGUUGUUGAUUGUGAUGAGGUAAAAUGCCAAUUACUUAAUGGAAUCUUGUUCUACUGUUGAAUUUCA